UACAUGACUGCUGGUACCACGAGCAAAGGCGGUCGGCCUUUGAACAAGAACACUUCCGGGGCCUGGUCCGCUGGUACAGUAAUAUUAGACAUGGGUAGAACGAGCGAGGGGGGGAGGGGGGUAGACGUCACGGCAGUCCGCAGGCCACACCCGCUUAUAUCUGCAAAUACUCUGUUUGGUGAUCAUGUGAGGCGAUAAACAGCUUGAACGAACUCUAUGAGUGGUACUCCCACGAUACUUUGCGCUCACCUCAUUGCGGGUGUUGUGGUUCCGACUCCGGACGGGCUGGUAUCGAUGCAAACUCUCGUCGAAGAAACGGCCCGGAAUAUCGAGAGCUCACUCGAGCUCUUGUGAUGACACACAAGAAACAAAUACAAUAUCCUAGUACUUGUCCCGAGGACUUGCAAACACUUUCACCCCUGGACGUUGCGUGCCAUGUGCCAACAACAUUAGAAACGUUGAGCAGCCU